AUGCCCGCGUCAUUAGCCCGCAAGCUCCUCAUAUGCGCCGCUGUCGACGGCCUCAUCAUCCAACCCCUGGCCCCCAAGGGACAGCGCCCAUCCCAGGCCGUGAAAGUCAGAUAUGGCGACGCCGCAGUCUCCUCGACAACCCGCGACCAGCUGCCCGACGUUUCCACUCCCAACGCGAGCUUCGAGGCCUUUGGCGUCAUUGGCCUCUUUACCGUGUCCCGACUCAGCUACUUGAUUACCGUCACUGGCCGUCAGCAAGUCGCCCAGAUCCGCGGGUACCCCGUCUACGUCGUGACCGAUGUCGCCCUGACGCCCUGCACCUCGCAGGCCGAGGCCGAGUCCGCCGUGCGCCACACCAGCGUCCAGUUGCGACGAGCAGCCUCGGAUAACAACAAGACCACGACCGAAGAUGAGGUGUCCGACUCCGAGACCGAUGCCGCAUCGCUCUUCGGCCGCGACGAGCCCGACGAGGUACAGAGCGACCGCGACAGCGUCUCUGGCAAGGAGACGGCCGGGGAAGCCGAGCCCAAGAGAGAUCGCGACGACGAGGAAGGCCGCAGCUCCAUCGCCGAGGACGUGAUAAAGCGCAAGGGCAGCUAUGGGCGCUUCGCCGAGCGCUGGUUCAGUCACCGGGGCUGGGUCCAGGAUUCCAGGCGGAACAUGGGCAUCAGCGAUACGGCGCCGCAGAACCAGGACGCACCGACAGACGCGAAGGCCAAGAAGCAGGAGAGCAAGGACAAGAAGCUGAGCAACACGGUCGUUGCCGAGACCGCGAGCCACGGCGUCAACACCGCCGUCUCCACCGGGGAGAGUCUGCUGCCCAAGUUACUGCGUAUGGCGCACAUCUGGUUCGGCACCUCGCACAGCUUCUAUUUCAGCUACGAUGUGGAUAUCACGCGGAACCUGGCGAACAAGGGGCUCUCUACCACGGGAGAGACGCCGUUGCAUCGCGUGGCCGAGCCGCUGUUCUAUUGGAACCGGCACCUCCAGAAGCCCUUUGCGUCGGCGAACCAGGAUCUCCUCCUGCCCCUGAUGCAGGGCUUCGUCGGCCAGCGCGAGUUCAUAGUAGACCGUAACCCGCCGCAGGUCGAUAGCGACAAGGCGCCCGAGUCUUUGGAGUUGAGCGACUGGACGCCGUCAGGAUCUGCAGCUGCAUCGCCGCCACCUGAGAGGCAGGAACGGGCAUCUGUCGACCUGAGACCGAGCGAGAAGAAGUUCCUGAUCACCAUCGUUUCACGCCGUGCCAUCAAACGUGCCGGUCUGCGGUAUCUGCGCCGUGGUAUAGAUGAGGACGGCUACGCUGCCAACGGCGUAGAGACGGAGCAGCUCCUGUCGACGCCGUCGUGGUCUGAUUCCAAUAUCUUUAGUUUCGUCCAGGUCCGAGGCAGCAUCCCGCUGUUCUUCACGCAGUCGCCGUAUUCUCUCAAGCCCGCUCCCAUCCUGCAGCACUCGGAGGCUGCAAAUUUGAAGGCUCUGUCUCGACACUUUGACAACAUGACUCGGCGCUACGGCAAGGUGCAGGCCGUGAACCUGGUCGAGAAGCACGGCGUUGAAUCUGUCAUUGGCGAAGCUUUCGAGCGUAAUGUGGCAACAUAUAACGAAACAAAAGAGAAGGAUGGGAAGCAGGGCGAAGAGAUUGAUUUCGAAUGGUUCGAUUUUCACUCUGCAUGUAGGGGCAUGAAGUUCGAGAACGUGAGUCUCUUGCUUGAUAUUCUAGGUUCCAAAAUCGAAGACUGGGGCAGCACGGUCGAGAGCGCAUCAUCUCCCGCCGGCGGUGGCAACCAGGCUGCAAGCAUUACAAGCACGCAAAGGGGUGCCCUGCGCACCAACUGCAUGGACUGCCUCGAUCGCACAAAUGUGUGUCAGAGCAGCUUUGCCAAACACAUGCUGGACCUGCAGAUGAAGCAGGAGGGCUUCGAUAUGAGCGCCCAGCGGGAUCAGGUGACGAGCUGGUUCAACACCCUCUGGGCUGACAAUGGCGAUGCUAUCAGCAAGCAGUACGCCAGCACCGCAGCCAUGAAAGGGGACUACACGAGGACGCGCAAACGUGACUAUAGAGGAAUGGUCAACGACCUAGGAUUGAGUUUGACCAGGUUCUAUAACGGUAUGGUGAACGACUACUUUUCGCAGGCAGCUAUCGAUUUCCUGCUCGGCAACGUGACCUCCCUUGUGUUCGACGAGUUUGAGGAUACCAUGAUGACGAAAGAUCCGGCCGUCUCCAUGGCUAAAAUGCGCGAGCAGGCGAUCGAGACGUCACAGAAGAUUGUUCUGGAGAAUCCCGAGGCCGAAGAUUUCAUCGGCGGCUGGACCAUUCUCUCGCCGCAUCACUCCGACACCAUCAAGAGCCUGCCCUUCGAGGAGGUCGUCCUGCUCCUGACGGACACGGCGCUGUACCUCUGCCGCUUUGACUGGAAGCUCGACAAGGUCUCAAGCUUCGAGAGGGUCGACCUCGCCCACGUGGUCGGCAUCAAGGUGGGCACCUACAUCACGUCCACCGUCUCUCCGGCGCAGGCGGACGAGGGCAAGAAUAUCGGCCUGGUCGUGACCUACGAGCCGGGCAAGAACGACAUCAAGCGCGUGAACACCCGCUCCCUCUCUAGCAUCUCCGGCCCCGCAUCCUCCGGCGGCAAGGGCAGAGCCAGCGCCGAGGGAGACCGUCCCAGCACGCCGCCGCCCUCGACCGCCGCCGGCAUCCUCGCCCCCAUCUUCUCGCCGUCCAAGGCCAGCACAAAGCAGGCCCAGCAGAAGAAGAUCGCAUUCAAGGCGCUCUACGCCCUGUCCUCGAUGGCGGACUCCGGCGCCAAGCCCAGCGGCCGGGUCCUGAGCGAGCAGGAGCAGAUCGACAUCAUCGCGUCCGAGAUCGAGCGCCUGGCCUUCAUCAACCAACCCCUGGAGAAGCCGACCGGUGACGCGGAGCGGCAGAGCAUCGUCGAAAGGGGCGACAUCAUCAGCCUGGCCGAGGCCAAGCGCAACACGGGGCUCUUGGAGACUUGGGGCCAUGCUGUCAAGAAGCUGGUGUGGGCGUAG